AUGUACUCUAAAACUACAAACAGCCUCUCUCAAUUAAGUAAACGGAAUCUCAACAUUGAUCCUUCCUUUAAUGAGCUACCAGCCAAGAAAAUCCACCGGAAUCCAAUUUCCAAGUCCUUAAAUGAUAAGGAAAACUACUGUUCAGGACAGUUCAUAAGCCUUCAUCCUAAACCUGAGAGCAAGCAAACCAAGAUCAUAAAAUUGUGGUUAGAGAUUGAGUCCAAGCACUGUCCUCCAAAUUCCUUCAAGCCCUUGAACGUGACCUGUUAUGCGAGAGCGAAACUGAUUCAGUGGCUCAUGAAAGUGACCAAAACUUUUCAACACGACCGGGAAAUAUUUUACCUUUCCGUUGAUAUUUUGGACAGAUAUCUUGCGUUGAGUAACACUAAAAUGUCUGAACUACAACUUGUUGGAAUCACUUGUCUCUUUUUGGCAGCAAAAUUCGAGUCUGACGAUUUUUGUUGUGUGUCUGACUACUCUGGCAUGACAGCAGAUGCCUUUACUUCCAAAGAUGUGAUUGCUAUGGAAAUUAAGAUCCUUUUUGCCUUGGACUGGGCGCUUCAAGUCCCCACUCCUUUUCUGUGGCUCAAGCUGUUUUUGCAGUCAUAUUUCUCUGACGAUAUUGAUAUUCCAAAUUAUUCCCAGUACAAGCUGAUUCAGAGUUCCAAAGUAUUCAAGAAGUGA